CACACGCGGGUGCAUUACUGUGCACAAGUGAUUACUCGUAGUGUAGUGCAGUAACUUAAAUCGAAAGCUUGACGCUGCACGGUUGAUGGUUAAAUACGAAAAUAAGUGAGCGUAACUUUCUAUAGUGCUAUAAAAAUAUGUACCUGUGAAAAAUGGCAGAAGAAAAUAAAAUACGACAUCGCUCGCGAGAAUCUAAACCAAAUGGAUUUAUCGAACAUCGGAACGAAAAGAUACAGGAUCCGGAGUUCAAGCCCAGAGAAUCUCCCCUAACGUUUCUUAUAAAGAGUUCCCUUCACAUAAGAGCCAUAUAUCACAUUUUUGUUGUGAUACUUGUAGUGCUGUUAUUGGACACAGUCAUCUACGACCUCGUGGAACGUGGCAAGUUAAAUAUAGGGACAACCACAGUGAAAUACGGUUUUGGUGACAUCGGUCGCGGCGCUAAACUCUGGUUCUUCGAGUUUGCUAUCGCUCUCGCCUUCUACCCGGGGCUACUGCUCUAUGUCACCGGAGCGAGAUUAUUCAAAAAUCACACUGGUCUUCGCCGGCUAUGGAAGACGACAGCCAUCGCGGGGCUGGCGGGGCUCCAGGGCACUCUCGUCGCCGUGCCAGUGUGGGACCUGGGCAGGAAACAUCUGGCUCUUGCCUCCGGGGUCACCGUUACCUGCGAAAUGUUCCGUUUCGCAAUGAAAAUACAUGCGACAGCAGUAGCCUGCGCGCCUCGCUGGCGCGACGGUAGCGCGCCCCUUCCGACGUUCAGGCAUUAUCUCUAUUAUCUAUUUGCGCCGACGCUUAUUUACCGGGAUCAAUACCUGAGGACGAAGCAGAUUCGGUGGGGCUUAGUGAUACUCAACUUCUUGGAAGUGGCAGCAAUCAUAUUCUACAACAGCUUCUUGUGGGAGCGGUUCAUUUUGCCCUAUUGGUCUGAGUACGGAAAAGAAAGCAAGGUGGAGGCAGGCACGGUAGUCCGUAGCAUGUUCGCGUGUGUGCUGCCCGGGGUGAUAUCAUUCUUGUGUGGAUUCUAUUGCCUUCUGCAUGCCUGGCUGAACGCCUUUGCCGAGAUGCUAAAAUUCGCAGACAGGCUAUUCUACGAAGAGUGGUGGACAACAUCUCAAUUCUCCAAGUUCUACCGCGCUUGGAACCGCGUAGUACACUCUUGGCUGCGCGAUCACAUAUACAAGCCACUGAUUCCGUUCACUGGUCGCGCUGGGGCUGUCUUCGCCGUGUUCUUCGUAUCGGCUUGUGCGCAUGAAGUGAUCCUAGCGCUGUCGUUCGGAUUCUUUUAUCCGGUGCUGAUGAUGCAGUUCGGGUUUUUGGGCGUCCUGCUGGUCCCCGUCACGGCCGCCAGCGGCCGCCGGUAUCCUAGCGCCAUGAACCUGUUUAUGUGGCUGGCCUUUUUCGUCGGGAAUGGUAUUCUCUGGAGCCUGUACCCGAUGGAAUACUUCGCUCGCAAGAACUGCCCGCCUUCGGAAAAUGACAGCUUCUUUAUUCCCAAGUCGUGGUCGUGCCCUGAAAUUGUUCUCAAACCCAAUUGGACAUUUCAAAAUCCUUUCUAGCCCUUUACAAUGCGUCUAAGCUAAUUGUGCACUAAGUCUAUCGACUUUGACAGAAAAAAGGGUGGGAAUGCCUGUGUGAAGAGUGGCUACAUAUAGUGAUAGCCGUCAUAUUUUCGUAAGAUAUUAACGAUUAUGGAGGCAUGUGCUGUUUGUCACUGAAAAGUUUGUGCAGAGUUAGCUUGGCUGGUCUAACUUUACGGAACUUAGAAAGUAGUUAAACUUUGAAGAGUAACGGACUAGUUAAUUACCUACAUUCUAGUAGGUAUAUAAAUACAUAGUUGAUUAUUUUGUAAGAUUUUAUAGAUGUCAAUAACAUACCUAUCAAUCACAGAUUAAGAUGAGAUUUAGGUACUCGUACAAGUAUAAUGUUCGAAUAGACUUCAAGUAGAGAUAUUUGUUAUUUUGUCAUUUAAGUAGUCAGUUUUGCUGUUGUAAUUAAUGUAAGAUAAAAUAAAUAAACUAUACAAUAUAUCAUAAUAACGUCGUAAUUACAUGUUAUGUUUUAUAUAUCUAAUACCCUAAUAAGUGACCAAAACUAAAAUAGA